UUUCUAUGAGCUGAAAGCAACAUAUUUUAGGUUUGACAAUUGAGCAAAGAACUUGUUGAGCUACAUUGUGUGCAAUUCCAUUAAUCUCCCCUGAGAUGUUUCACACCUGAGGUUGGAGGUUGGAAGAGUACUUGAAGAAAUCACCCAAAGAUUUCCUGAUGCUCCACGGGGUGGUAGCCUCAAUCAUCUUUCCGGUUGCUGCAACCAAAGCUAAGGAAAGGCAGUCUAAAAGAAAGGUGGGCCGAACAAUGUGUAAUCUGCUUGCAACCUGAGCAGCAAAAGAAAGAGUAAGACCCUCUGCCUGCAAAGGAGUGCUUGUAACUUGAGUUGAUGCUUGAAUUUACACACCGACUUCAACCUGUUCUUGAGGCAGAGAAAGAUAGACUCCAACUCGUGUUGCUAUUGAUCCGUGUCCUAUGGGAGGUUUGGACGCACCGCAACGCCGUGGUUUUCAACGGAGCGGCGCCAUCUACACAGACGGUGCUACAGAAUAUAGGAAACGAGGCCCGGGCAAGCCAUACGGGGGCCAAACCGAGCGGAGGGGCAGGGUGGGCCUAGGGUAUGGUGCCGGCCCAAGGACCGAAGGCCCUUCAACCCUGGCCGGGCGCGAAGGCCCAAGAGCCUGGCGGGCCAGGCAGGCCCGUGCGUCGCGGCCCAGCAGGGCAAGGCCCAGGGCGGGGGGCGCGGAACCAGCCUAAGGGUUUCCCCUCCACAGGCGGUCGCUGCCGCCGCCGCCACCACCGAGCCGAGGGGAGCCGCUGCAGCCGGCCAGGGGCGACGAAGCGCGGAGGAAGGUCGGAGCUGGAGCGCAGAGGAGCCAAACGCGGCAAUGAAUGGCCGGAACGGGGAGCGGCGAGCAGCCAAACCAUCAGCGGCCGGAGCGAUGAGGAGAGCCGGAGAGGACGCCGGAGCAGGGCAAGGGGAGGUCGCCGGAGAAGAGCGCCACGACGAGCGGGCCGUUCCCAGGUCAGACCGACCCGCCAACCCCAGGAGCGGCGCCGGCGGCCACCCAACCUCCGCAAGGCAGCGCCUUGGGCCCGAGGCGGACGAGCUCUCGUCGGCCGGUUCUGCGGCCGCCGUCGCGAGCCGGAGGCAGAACCUCCACUACGGGAGGCUGAGCCAGCGGCCGCGCUGGUCGGCGCCGCGAGAACAGGGGCACGGGGAGGGAGAGGGAUGCCGGGGCGGUCGGCGACCGGGGAAGCUUCGUCGUCCUCUGCGAGGUCCGCCUAUAGGAACCUUGGCUGCACCGCAGGGCAAGGCGGGGGAGCGCAACGCGGGCGAGCCCCGGCCGGCUCCCCCGCGUCGCCAGAGCUCACGGUGAAAGCACAAGAGUAUCCCCACAUUCUCGUCACGGCCGGCUUAAACGAUCCUUGCGUGAUGUACUCCGAACCUGCCAAGUUUGUGGCUAAGCUGAGGGAAUUGAAAAGGGAUGACAACCUUCUGCUAUUCAAGUGUGAAGUAGGUGCCGGACACAACUCAAAGUCUGGAAGGUUCGAGAAAUUGCGGGAGGACGCCUUUUCUUACACGUUUCUCCUCAAGGCACUGGGCAUGACAAAUACGGCUUGAUUGUGCCGGGCUAUCCGGCGUAUGAGGUCUAGUUAUAGUCAGUUCAUUUCGGGAUGUAAAACUUGACUUAACUCCACUGAUUACUUUUGCCUGGCAGUGGCAGUCUCGUAUUCAGGCUGACUCCUAUGAUUUGUUACGGGCCAUUUGAGUUCUGACGAGCAGUCCAUUUUUAGUACUCCCUCCGAUCCAUAUUAUUUGUCGUUAAAAUUAAUGUAUCUAGUAAAUACGUCUAGAUACAUUCAUUUCAGCGACAAGUAAUAUGAAUUGGAGGAAUAGCUUGAAAAGCAGCCCCACAUGAACUCACGGCCACUGUGUGCCACUGUCCUACUCCUUUCGUUUCAUAUUGUAGUGAUGAUGGACUUUUUGAAAAGUCAAACUUUAUAAACUA